AUGUCGGACUUCCCUCCCCCAGCCCUCCGAGAAGCUGCCUCCAAGGUGGCCAGUCUCCUCCGGGACCGCAACGAGACAAUCUCCGUCGCCGAGACAGCCGCGGGAGGGCUCAUCUCCGCCGCGCUACUCGCCACUCCUGGCGCUUCCAAGGUGUACAGAGGUGGUGCCACCCUGUACACUCUCGAGUCACGCAUCGCCUUUGGCGGCUGGACGCAGGCCAACAUCGACAAUUACAGUGGUCCAAACCCGGACCUGGUUGCGGGCCUCGCCAAGCACGUCCGUGGAACGCUGGCCUCCACCUACGCCGUUGCUGAGAGCGGCACUGCCGGUCCGACCGCUCCAAGGCAGAGUGCAAACGGACAGCCCGGCUAUGUGGCCCUGGCCGCGGUGGGCGAGAAUGAAACGUUAACCAAAGACUUGAACACGGGCCUCCGAGACAGGUCAGCAAACAUGGUGGCAUUUGCAAUAGAAGCACUGAAGCUCGUGGAGGAGCUGAUCAUCAACGGCGCGUCACACAGCGGCAAAAUCUGA